AUGUCUUCUGAAGCCACAUUCCCAACCGUUGAUUCAACAGCAGGAUCCACCGAUGCUGUAACCUCUACCCCAGAAUCAUCUAAUCUCUCUGGGUCUAAAUCAGCAUACAUUCCACCGCACCUUCGACACAAACUCCCCGAUCUCUCAGCAUCUGCCGCUGCUACCUUAAAAAUGACGACUCCCGAAGUCGUUCCGGAAAAGAAGCCGUUUCAGAGGAAAACCUUCACUGCCUCUGAGAUCUACAAGCACUUCGGUGUCGUCCACGGCGGAACAAUCAAUCCGUCCAUCAACAACCAUAAAGAACUCGCUUACAUACUCAUUUUCAGGAAUCAACACCCUCAGUACCCACCCAAAAUCUUUGUCAAGUCGAACUUGGAAUUAAUCUUUGAUAAUGCCUCCCAAGGAAAUGAGAUCAACCCUCUUCUUGAGCACAUGGAAAUCCCAUUGUUCGAAGAGGAACACCAGUACAGGUCAAAACUGUUCAAAUUCAAAUCAUGGGUCAGAAUUCAGAAGGUCGAAAGGUUAGAGAAGGGAUCAGAAGAAUUGGUCGAAAUGUUGACUUUGAAGUGGAGGAGCGAUACACCACGUCGUAGUGGGUUUGAGAUGCAAGAGAGGGGAAAAUCAAGGAGAGAAGAGAAAUUGAAGAAGGAGAACGCAGCUAUCACGAAGACGGUCGAAGUUGGUGCGGAUGGUGAGGAGACGGUCGUUGAGAAUCGUUUUUUCAAGGAUGACCCGGAUGAUUCUGAGGAUAAGCAGCCACAGAGGAAACUGAGUGGUUCUGGGAAAAUAACUCUGAGUGAUACUAUCCUUCAGAACUUGGAAAAGACCACUCCGCGCUCUGAGAUUGCGUGGAGGAAUUCGUUGAAUGUUGACUGGGGCAUUGUUACCCUAGAGUUCAUUGAGAAUGGGAAGGAGAACCCGCUCUACGGACCUCCUGUCAAGCUUCUCCCAUAUAACACCUCCAAAGAGCCACAACCGCCAAAGGAUGACAUCAGCAAGGAGAUUGAUGACGUUUCGAAGGCUACUGGAUUUAUGAAACUGGAUGAAAUUGAGAAGAAUGUUGCUGAUGGGAAGAAGACCAUUCGAGGAACCCGGGGCGACAAGAACGAAAAGGUUAAGAUCUCGAAAGCCCUUCAAACGGAUGGCGCGGACGAUGCAGUUCUUGUUAAUGAUGAUUUGGAUUCGGCCUCUAUUCCAUCUUCCCCAGUCUUGGAACCUGCAACACCCAAGAAAGGAUCUGCCAUCAACCUUUCGGCCUACGCCCUUCAGACGUCGGGCGCUAACCCACGUCGGGAGAAGCCAUCUCAUGGCGGUGGGCUCAGUAUCAGCCAAUCGGAUAUCUCUCAGUCUUACAUCUCGACUGGGAUGGGUGAUAGUAUGGCUGAUGAUUUUGGUACCAUCAGCGCCCCGUCAGAGACCGAAGCCGAGGAAAGUGAUCGCUGGUCGGAACUUGAUGAGCAUGACCAUACCGAGGACGAGAACUGGAUGGCCGUUGAACGAGGAGGAAUGGCCAAGGAAGUUUACUGA